AUUGAAAGUAUUGCAACGUCCGUUAAUUUUCGAACCGAAACAAAACAUGUUUAUUAAAUUGAUUGCAUUCAUUUCUCAUUGUUAAAGUUUGAUAUCACUUGAAGACACAAUGGAAUCAGGCGAUGGCAAACUCCCUGAAAAUUUUUUCAAUUUCCAAGAAUAUCUGCUGGAAAUGAAUAAAAAAUAUGAGGAACUUCGUGAAAAGCAACGCCGUGAUAACGAAGCAUUAAAAGCAAAAGAAAAACUAGCUGCUUUGGAAGAGGAUGAAGUGGACACAGUCAAUUCACCACAAGAUUUACAAGAUGAUUCAGGUUAUCUUGGUGAUAAAACUUCCAACAAUAAAGAGAAUGAGAAUAAAUUCAACCAUACUGCCAAUAGUAAGAUUAAAACAAGUAUAGUUCCUUCUCUAAGUGUUACAAAACAUAAUCCCAAGAACAAUGAGAGCACACAAGUUAGAUUUGAUGUACAAAAGAAAGAAAAUUUUAAUUUAGAAAGACAAAAAUCACCAAAACUUACUGACACCAGUCAAAAAGGCAAACAAUUGAUUACAUCAAAAAAAUCACCAGUGGAGCAACUGCAUUCACAAACUAAAUCAACACAAAACCAAAAUGAGUUUGUAACGCCAUGUCGCCCGCUGCGACCACCAAAAGUCACAUAUUCUCUACCUAUAAUGUCAUCUACAACGAAUACGGACAGUACGCAAAAACAACAACAACGCAUCAUGUGCACGGUCGACAUGCGAUCACAUGCGAUGCUUCAAAUGCCAAUCAAGAAGCCAUCAGCACGAAAACAUCUACUUUCAACUUCCAGCUUGGCCUCUGUGCUUGAAUUUGAUGAUAAAUAUGAAGUUGAUGUGGAAAAACCGAAACCACUGUCCGAGCGGUUGAUAAAAGACGUUUUUCAAUGUAUACGUGUGAAAGAAGUAGACUAUAUCGUGUUGAAUGAGCUUGGCAAAGGUGGGAGUUCUGUGGUUUAUCAUUGUUAUGAUCCUGCGAGCAAAGCGGAAUAUGCUGUGAAGGUAGUGGACUUAAAAUUAGAUAGGAAUGAAGCUAAUGGGUUCAUAAAUGAGGUUAAGGCAUUGAAACGACUGCAGGAUUGUGAUCGCAUCAUCAAACUACAUGAGCAUGAAAUUGUCAGCGGCGAAAAUAUUCUCUACAUGGUGUUGGAAAAAGGUGGGCGUGACUUUGCGCAAAUUCUCCGAGAACAUAGUCGCAACGUCGCCCAUCUGCCCGCCUUCAUGGUGCACUUCUACUGGAUGCAGAUGCUUCACGCCGUCGGUCAGAUGCAUUCCAAGGGCGUGAUCCAUUCUGACCUGAAACCUGCGAAUUUCAUCGAAAUACGCGAAAGAUUGAAACUCAUUGAUUUUGGUAUUUCUAGCUGCGUGCAAUUGGAUAUGACCAGCGUGGUGAAAACUGUCGCGCUUGGCACUUUUGGUUAUAUUAGUCCGGAAGCACUCUGCGCGGAUCGUGGAUACGAAGGUUCGCCGGCGCAGCCAACGUACAAAGUGGGCUUCAAGUCGGAUGUGUGGUCAUUGGGAAGCAUACUCUAUCAAUUGGUCUACAAACGCACGCCUUUCUCGCAUAUUCAACAUAGUUCGGCGAAGUUGGCGGCCAUUAUGGAUCCGGGUCAUGUGAUCAACUAUCCGAAAGCCGAUUGGGUGCCCGAAGGUGUGAUUCGGUGUAUAAAGGAUUGCCUACAGUACAACGCACGCCGGAGACCGACCGUGGCGGAUCUUAUUAAUGCGGAGAAGGCUUAAACACUAAAACGAAAUUCCGGCUCGUGAACAUGAUUGAUAAGAUAUCGCGAUGUGUUUGUGGAUAAUGGCUCAAAUGAAUUUAAUCUAGUGAGGCUGCUGGGAC